AUGCCUUCAAAACGUAUCAAAAGAAAUCAACCACACAAACGUCAAGAAUCAAUUGAUGAUGAGGAUAUAAUCAGUGACUUGCCGAGGAAUGUAAUAGAUUGCAUUCUAGGAAAAAUGCCUUUACGUGAUGCUAUAAGAACGAGCGUUCUUUCAAAGAAGUGGAGAUUAAACUACUUAACCAUUCCGCAAUUAGUGUUUGAUGAUCAAUUCUGCAAAGAACUGAUUGACUUCGCCAAGAAGAAGAAAACUCGGAAAUUUUUCAACUAUCAAUUCAACGAGAUUGUCACCAAUUCUCUUAUGCUUCAUCCUGGCCAAAUAGAGAGAUUUAAAGUAUGCAUUCCUAAGUUCAGUAUAUUAGGGUAUCCUAAUGUGAACAAAUGGAUGUUAUAUUUAUCUACGAAGAAUAUCAAGAAAUUAACCUUAGAAUACAAGAAGAAUUCUGUACGUCAUAAGUUACCUCCUCAUUUCUUUUCUUGUCUGGACUUGACAUACUUGAAGCUCCGUAAUUUUGAUUUUGCGCCUCCACCAGAGUUGAAGGGCUUCUUAUAUCUUGAAAAAUUAGUUUUUUUCGGGGUUCACCUUGCAAACAACUGUUUUGAAAGUUUUCUCUCCAGCUGCCCUGUUCUUCAAAAACUACAUUUGCGUGGGUGUUCCGGUGUUUGUCAUUUUAAUAUCAUUGGCUCUAAACUCAAGAUAUUGUGCAUCAAGGCCGAUGAUAAGUUCGAAUCAAUCUCCUUAGAAAACGCUCCUAACUUGACUAAAGUUACUGUUGCACUGGAGAAAGCUUUCCUAGCUGAAACUCAAGUUCUGCAAAUGCUAUCAACGUCGCUAGACUCUUUAAAGAUUAUCGAACUCAAAGCUGUAAACUUUAUGGACUUUGAUCAGAUAUCUGUUGUCUGUUUGAUUAGAAGUGCUCCGAAUUUGCAAGAACUUUAUAUUGAGGCUUCUACAGUGACACUAAACCAAGAGCAAGUCUCAGGUUAUCUAAAACUCAUGGACUGCACAACUUUUCCCCUCAGCAAACUUCAUCUGGUCAAAUUAACGAAAAUCUCAGGUUUCGAUCCUGAGUUUGAGUUUAUUCGGUUCCUUCUCUUUAGUUCGCCAUCACUUGUGACAAUGAGCGUCAUGGAGCACCCGGAACUUGAAGCUGUAGAAGCAUUGGAUAUAGCUAGGAAGCUGCUCCAGCUUCGACCACCAACAGCAGUGCAUAUAAAUUUCUUGAAGGAAAGUUAG